AUGAAACUCCAAUUGUUUGUUCUUUUUGUUGUUUUGAUGUCUUAUGCAGAUGCAAGGAAGCAACCUUUGUCGGAUGGUUGGAGUCGAAUCAAAGAUAUCAACAACCCACAUGUGAUUGAUAUCGCUAAUUUUGCUGUUAUCGAGUUCAACAAACAAACUGGGGCAAAGUUAAAGUUCGAGAAAGUCAUCAAAGGUGAAUCUCGUCUUGCCCUUGCUGAAGACGCCAUCUACCGCCUUAUCAUUUCUACUUCCAAUUCCGUUCCUAACAUUUUUCAAGCCGUUGUGAUUGAGAAUAAAUUGAAUCACGACAGGAACCUCACUUCCUUCAUACUCACUCAUUAA